AUGGGUGAUAAAAAGGAUGAAGUUAUUGUUGUUGGCCAUCGAAAUCCAGAUACAGAUGCAAUUACAGCAGCUAUGGUUUAUGCUGAUUUUCUUCGUCGAAUGGGUGUGAAUGCAAAAGCUUAUCGUCUUGGUGAAUUAAAUAAUGAAACUAAAUUUGUACUUAAAACAGUCGACAUGGAAGCACCUGAUAUGAUACCUGAUAAUGUGCCUGAAGGGACACAAGUUGCAUUAGUUGAUCAUAAUGAAAGUCAACAAUCUAUGGAAAAUUUGAAAAAAAUGCGUGUUAGUCAUGUUGUCGAUCAUCAUAAAAUAGGUGAUUUAACAACUUCCGAACCGGUUUAUUUACGUUUUGAACCUGUCGGAUGUACUGCAACAAUUUUAACAAAAUUAUUUCGUGAAAAUAAUCUUGAUAUGGAUCAAAAAACAGCAACUCUUCUUCUCAGUGCUAUUCUUAGUGAUACACUUCAUUUUCAAUCACCAACAACAACUGAUGAUGAUCGAAAAAUCGGUGAAUAUUUACAACCAAUUGCUAAAAUUGAUGAUUUAAAAUCUUAUGUUAAUAAAUUAUUUGAAGCUAAAAGUGAUUUAACUGGAUUUUCUACACAUAAAGUUCUUUUUCUUGAUUAUAAAACAUUUCAAUUUAAUAAUGAACAAUGGGGUGUUGGUACUGGUGAAACAUGUAAUGUUGAUAAAAUGCUUGAACGAAAAGAUGAAUUUCUUAAAGAAAUCGAUGAAGAAAAGAAAAAACAUAAUUUAAAUGGUAUUUUAUUUUCGAUUGUUGAUAUCAUUAAUCAAAAGAAUUUAACAAUAAUUUCCGGUGAAAACGAAGAAAAAGUGGCUCGCGAAGCAUUCCAAGCUGAUGUUAAAGAUCAUAUUGCUGAUUUUGGUUCAAGAGUCAGUCGAAAAAAACAAAUUGUUCCAGCACUUGAAGCUUAUUUUAAUCAAAAAUCUUAA